CGGAUGACGGAGGGCCAGUUGUGAUCGGGAUGCCGAUCGUAUUUGCCUCUGCCUCUGCGUCAGCCGAGGCCUGCGAGGUAUAUAAGGUUCGAAUUAUUGUGCCGUUUCUCAACCGCGCACUCGUACAUUCCUGUCCCAACACUUCUAUUUCUCACAUCGCUAUCACCCCUUCAUUGCAAUAUGGGUCACUUCCGCCGCUCAGUUCUUGGUGGACUCGCGGUCGGGAUCGUCGCGCAGUCCGUGAUGGCAGGGCCGUACACCAUCGCCCAGACCAACGUCGGGUCUGAUUUUUUCAACAACUUCCAGUGGGAGAACAUAUCGGACCCCACGAACGGUCGAGUUGAGUACGUGACCAAGGAGACCGCGCAGGCGAAGAACCUCACCUACGCCACGGAGGAUUCGUUCGUCAUGCGCGCCGACUCUACGACAAACCUUACCGCGGAUGGGCCGGGGAGGAUGAGCAACCGUAUCAAGAGUAAUGCCCAGUACAACACUCACGUUGCUGUCUUCGACAUUCGCCACAUGCCUCAGGGCUGCGGCACAUGGCCGGCAGUGUGGGAGGCAGACGAUACCGUUGGAGCCGCCAGUGGUGAAAUCGACAUCCUUGAGGGUGUGAACGACCUCGCGCCCAACAGUGUCACUCUGCACACUGAAGGCAACUGCACUGUGCCCAGCAACCGCACGCAGCUGGGGACGCCACUGUCAAACGAUUGCAGCGAUACCGCUGACAUCGGAAACGGCAACAAUGGAUGUUCGGUGGACGCUCCGUACACUUCGUCCUACGGCCCGGUAUUCAACUCUAACGGUGGCGGAUAUUACGCUAUGGAGCGUACGUCGCAGUUCAUCCGUGUGUGGUUCUGGGCGCGCAAUCAGGACGGCAUUCCGUCGGACAUUACGGGGGGCGCGAGCAGCGUUGACACUGAUAACUGGGGAACACCGAUUGCAUACUUCCCAGACGACAACUGCGACAUCAACAAAGUUUUCGGCAACAAUAACAUCGUUAUUGAUCUUACAUUUUGCGGAAACUGGGCAGGCGCAGACUUCACCGAGAUUGGCUGCGGCUCGGACUGCAUUCUUGUGAACGAGAAUCCGUCGGCCUUUUCCGAUGCCUACUGGGACUUUGCUGCCGUGCGUGUGUACGAGGGGUCAUCCAGUUGAAUGGUGGCUGCCAAAAUGCAGUCUUCGCGACUGUCAGGACGAGAUCGUUAGCGCUUGGGGUUUGAUGGAGUGGAACGGAACUAUCACGCACAACUUAACAUUCAACUUAGAUCCUACAAAUGUACACACAUUCUGUUAUCCAAUUUUUAUUCACUC